AUGUUGUCCAACACCAGUUCUGACUUCGAGUUGAUCGUUCGCCAGCAGCCCAAUCGGGCUCGUGUGGCCGGUGGGAAGGAGAAAGAACGCAAGCCAGUCGAUCCACCGCCGAUUGUGCAACUCCGGGUAAGAGAGGAAGGGAGCUAUCUCGCGCAACACUACCUACAGAGCCCAUAUUAUUUCAUGUGCUGCAGUCUGUACGAUGCCAAUGAAGAUCAGCCAGUUCCCGUACCGCCGGCCACAGCUUUGGCAGGCACUCUUGUCUCGUCGCUUCACCGGUUGAAGGAUGUGGAUAAUAAUGACGGCGGAUUCUUUGUAUUUGGGGAUUUGUCGGUCAAAAUCGAAGGGGAGUUCCGACUGAAGUUUACCUUGUUUGAGAUGCGAAAGGAUGUGGUUACCUACCUGAAAUCCAUUAUCUCUGAUCGCUUCACUGUUUCACCACCAAAGACUUUUCCUGGAAUGCAAGAGUCCACGUUCCUUUCUCGGUCAUUUGCCGACCAGGGUGUCAAACUACGGAUCAGAAAAGAGCCUCGCACACUGUCUUUGAAACGGCCGCCACGGCCGGAAGAGUAUCCCCAGCAGCCAUUGCCUCGCUCCCCAGACCGGUCUUCAAUACAGAUGUCAGGGAACGCUUUCACUGGCUAUCCGGCAGCAGGCAGAGAUUAUGCAUACUACGGGACACCGGUCAAACGUCAACGGACGUCUGUGGACUACGGGAACAGAGGCAUCUAUGACGCAGAAGGUCGGAUGCGCCAGGUGGAUGCGUAUCCACAAACCACCGCCAUGUAUCCGAAUCAGCCAGGAACAUACCAGACCCCUAUGAUGCAAGGAUAUCCUGCGGGACAUGCAGGAGUACCAGAUUAUGCGAUUUCGUAUGGGAUCCCACCAUCCGCUCAAGUGUCCCAGAUGCAGGAUCCAACGGCCCAAGCACGCUCCAGCCAGCAAGCAACGAUGCAAUCUCUAGGCAUGAUGAACCAGCCUGGUACUCCUACCGCAGAUUCGACGGCCGCCAUGAUGCCGCAAGGAUAUCCCCAGCCGCGAUCGCAGCAGUACCAAACCAGUUCUACAAUAUUACCACCUUUGCAACGGAAUCGCAAUUAUCCACAAGGGACUAACGGUGCAUCCGCACGAGGUUACUUUGAUCAGGCGUCACAAGGUGCAACUCCUAUUCUCCCAUCACAACCUAUGGGUUCAACCGAAGGGGAUCGAUAUGGUGCUGCGCCCGGUCAGACAACCUUUGAGCAUCCUGGCUCGCAUAAUGGGACACCCCGAUAA